AUGCAAAGACAAUUAUUUGGAAAGAAAUCUACGUUGAAAUCAAAACAGCAGAAGAACUAUUGCGAUUCGUUGAGUGAUGCACUGGGCAUUAACCACGACGAUGGAAAUGAGAUGCAGAAGGAAUGCUGCAUAGUUCAGUCCUGGCCGUGUGCACCACGCAAGAAGAGAUAUCUGUCAUCAGCUGAUAAUAUUCUUGAUCUACCAGCAUAUAGUCAAAGUGUCUUUACAGAAUUGUUGGAUUGGGGAACUGACAAUAUUCUACUAGCAGCUCUUGGUAAUAAAUACCACAAAUGGGAUUGUGAGAAGCAUUGCAUUAGCGGUCAUGGUGAGGCCGGAACCACCAUCUUGUGCUGCAAAUUCGAUCCUAGAGGAGAGAUAGUUUUGUUUGGGACUCAAAAGAUGGUAGAAUUGCAUUGUAAUACGCACAAUAAGUUGGGGAAGGAGUGCCCAUGUCCGUGUAGUUUAUCAAAAACUCGGGUCAAGUCACUCUGCUCCGUAACCGCGAUUGACUGGAGUCCUACCGGGAAUUCCUUUGUUGCGGCGUGUGCGGCUGGUCUUAUAUCUUCGUACACUCGUUCAGGCAGUCGACUGUCAGUAUUCUGUAAGAAGAUCUUUUCAAUCAGUUUACUACGAAUAUCACCCGAUGCUCGCUACGUCGCUGCAUUAACUCUCAACUCCGAUCAAGUACACAUCAUCAGUUGGCCAGCGCUCAACUACUAUACAAUUUUAAAAUUUGAUCAGUGGAAGAUUAAGGAGUUAUGCUGGCAUCCAUGGAGUACUGCGUUACUUGGAAUUGGAGGCCUGAUGAAUGACUUCAGGUCUCAAAUAGCUAUCUGUCACGCCCCGACUGGAAUAAUUAAGAAGUGUAUACACAGUAAUCUCUGUCUCGAUACGAUGAUCUUCAGUAAACGGUCUGGCGAAUUAGUACUUAGUAUGUUUGAUCUAGAUGAAGCGAGUGUACCAGGAAAGACCAGGUCGCAGCUGCUGGUGCUGAGUGGUCCGUCGACGGUGGUGGACCAGUGGGGAAAUCAUGACAAGAUGCAACUCGAUCGGGUGAGGAAAAUGGUCCUCAGUCCCGACGGAACUAAGCUUGCUACAGCAACGUGGGCGGAGGACCUGAUAAUUUGGAACUUUCUACCAGAAGACAACGUGAAGAUGAUGAAUAAUUGUAAAAGAUUCUAUGAGUUACCGCAGGUCUUGGAUAUGGAGGCACAGGGCUUUUCCCUUCGAUAG